GUUUCCCUUCUUCUACGCCGUAGUAGCCUUCCGUUUUGAAUUUACUUAGAUUCUUUUUGUUUCUUAAGCUCAAGUUGCCGUCAUGCUCCAGUUCGUCGGAGGCCCUGUUCCUCCGAACACAGACCAUACAGUGAGUGUCUCACUUCCAACGUGGAGAACGUGUAUUGGGUAUGAGGAAGGGGAGGAUUGGGUGGUGAGCAAUAUGCAAUGCGGGUAUCCAAGAUUUUUCGUGCACCCUAGCAUCAAGAAGCUCGCACAUGAGAUCUUAUGCCGUAAUGGGAAUCCGGAAACUGAAGCUGCAUCUCUAUUUCCAUCUCCUAAAACGGCUGAAAUAUGCCGUUCAUUUAUUAUAGCUCGUGUUUCUCCAGAGGAGUCUUCCAAAAUUCGCAUAGUCAAUUAUGUUCCCUCUUCUCGCACUACCGCUGAGUCACAGACAGUCACUUCGCAACUGUCAUGUGUUAUCUACCUGAAGGAACACGCACCUAUCGCCAAGCAAGUUUGGGCACACUCUGGUAAUGGAAUUUCAAGUCGUCGGAGCGAAUUCUGCUUAGGUGCCCUAAAAGAUGGGUUUCUUGCCGAGGAGAAGGGGUCUGGAGUUCCAGUUACAACCCAGAGGCCUUGCAAGGGCCCUAGACGGUAUCAAGGCAAAGGCUCGCUGAGUGGAAUCACUCCAGGAACAACACAAAUUGAACGGUCAAAUUCAGCCUCGGCAGCUAGCACCUACCCGGACGGGCGGGAAUAUGUCGAGUUCAUUGAAGAACGAUUUGGACGCAACCUGAGUGCCUCAUUAGCUGAUAAAGCGAAGUUAGCCGUUCGUAGACGGAUAUCCGGUGUCUUGACUGCUGACGUUGAGCUGCAUGAAGCUCUCGAGGAGGCAUCAUCAGAAGGAAGAAUGGCAGGCUUAACCGAAAAUGACGUUUUUCUCUUCCCUACGGGCAUGAGCUCCAUUUUUAACACUCACCAGACUCUGAUGGCCGCUAGAGGCUCCAUGAAAAGCAUUUGCUUUGGGUUUCCUUACGUGGACACUUUGAAGAUUCUCGAGAAAUGGGGUCCUGGUUGCGUGUUCUACGGAAAUGGCUCUUCUGAAGACCUGGAUGACUUGGAAUCACGACUACGUAAUGGCGAGAAAUUUCUCGCACUCUUCACUGAGUUUCCUGGAAAUCCAUUGCUCAAAUCUCCAGACCUCAAACGCAUACGCACGCUUGCGGAUAAGUACGAGUUUGCCGUCGUGGUAGACGAAACAGUUGGGAACUUCCUCAACGUCAAUGUGCUUCCGUAUGCGGAUGUUGUGGUCAGCAGCCUGACAAAGAUUUUCAGCGGAGACAGUAAUGUAAUGGGAGGAAGCGCAGUGAUUAAUCCUCACAGUCGUUUCUAUGAGAUCCUAAAGAAGUCCUUUUCUUUGGAAUACGAAGAUAACCUUUGGGCGGAAGAUGCUGUCUUUCUCGAGAGAAACAGCAGAGAUUUUGUGUCAAGAAUCGCAAAAAUUAAUGAGACUACGGAAGCUACCACGGCCUUAUUGAGAAACUCAGCUCUCGUGAAAGAAGUGUAUUAUCCAAAGUACCAUCCUUCAAAGACGUUUUAUGAAGACUUCCGUAACCCCAAUGGGGGUUACGGUGGCCUUUUUUCUGUGACAUUCCAUUCUACUGCUAUUGCAAUGGCUUUUUUCGAUAAUCUAGAAGUAUUGAAGGGGCCUAGCCUUGGAACGAAUUUUACACUCAGCUGCCCCUACACGCUAUUGGCACAUUACAGCGAAUUGGAAUGGGCAAGCACUUUCGGUAUUGCUUCCGACUUGGUGAGAAUAAGUGUUGGUUUAGAAGAUAUCUCAGAUCUCAGUUCUAGGAUGGGACGAGCUCUAAGUGCGGCUGCAAACGCUACUAAAGAGUAAGGCUUUGGAUUGAGGGAAUUUUCCGAACUUCAACGAUCAGGCCUUUGCUGUGCCAUAUCAACACUAUGACUGCGCGCGGGAAGAUGGUAGUAUCAAAAAUAGUCACGAUAGUCCAAGCCUGCAGUUGAACCCACAAAAGCGGGCCUUUGGUCUGUUCCCCAGGCUGGUUAUGUGGCCUAGGUAUGUCUCCAAGAUCAAAUUACCUGAGGCUUUUAACAGUAGUAUAGCCCUUACUCAAAAAGUUGAUGCAUAUAAAAUCACAAAUUCAACCAUCCAGAUAUAAAAUCUUCACCCAGUCCUUGGUACCCAAAAAUGACGGCGUCGAAAACGUAGGAAGCUGAACGAUGAAAUAAGAUCAGCAAUGGUCGAAAGCAGCGCCAUCACCACCUGCCGUGAUCCAAUUUAGGCUCUUUGCACUACUUACAUCUUCACUCCACGGCCUUGACUGCCGCAUUGUUUCUAUACUGGGCCCUCCGGCCCCCCAGAAUUUGGAGAAAGGGCCUGUGUCCAUCAUCGGCACGCUCGAUGCACUCCAUUGGUUGGAGAAGUGUCUAGUCCCAUUACCGACAUUGACAUGCUCGUCGGGAGCGAAGGCGAGGUGCCGAGACCAUUGAAUGAUGCGGAUGGAUGUAGUGGUGAUGGUGAACUGUCCUGAUGUACUGUACUGACGGCGUUGCUUGAAGGUGCAGAUAUUUGAAUAUUGCCACGAUUGGACAAAGAUUCACUGCCCUCAGCAUUCUCGAAGUUAAUUGUGUCAGCGAAUGAAACGAAAAUCAACCGCCGGACAUCUGCCGUUUCGAAUGGAGGGGGGUAUCUAUCAGGCUUGCUAGGAUACCCCGCCUCGAUGCCCUCGUUUGAGGGUGAUGAAAGUUGCCGCUCCGGAGAGAUAGCGUCAGCAACUGGAGAAAGAGCGAGUUGGCGAAGGUCUGGGGUGGCAACUUCGACAGCAACCAAUUGGGGAAACAUCUUCCUAUACGCUCCAUUCGAAAAUUUGUGAGGGAGAAGGUGAACGCAGUUUCGUAGACCGGCAGUAGUAUCCUGAAGAGGAUAAGUCCCGAUAGAAAUGACUUGAAGAGCUAGGAGGUGAGACUGGAGAUAUCAUGUCAGCCUAAGCAGCUGUGCUAGAAGCUGUUGAAGCAGAACGUAUCUGUGGGUAGAUUCAACGGAGCAACAUUAAUGGUCGAGGCUUCGUUCUAGCUGAUUCACCACGCUUCCCCCCAUCUCCCUUUAAAAUAGCGGUCUCGGUUCUAUAGGUCAGGCGUUCCUUGCGUCAGUGAAGGGCUUGUCAUGUACACUUCCCUGAAUCAGGAAAUAUGAGUCUUGAAGCGGGCCAGUUGAAACCCUAACUGCCCCCUUGGAUCUAUGGAGGUGGCCAGGAACGGUUUGGUUGGUGGUUCGAUUCAGACUACGAAGUUGUACUGGGCUGUCGCCAUAAUAUUAAACCAAAAUGAUACGCUCGGUGUUCUAGAGCUCCAAAUCUCAG